AUUGAAAUGUAUGUUUGCAUUGCAAUGAAAGACAAACAAAAUUCACGUUUUUAUUUGAAUUGUCUGUUAAUUAUGGUAUCAAUUGAUCAUAACUUUGAAGACAACAACCAUUAUUGAAGUGACGGACAGACAAACAGAUUGCUGAAGACAUCAUUGAACUGUUGACAACAUGUCAAAGACAACUAAGAAUAAACACGUGACACAAGAAGUGUUAAAUCAGUUUGAAUUGCCUCAAGAGUGUCAACAAAUUGUAAAAGUGAUCRCUUCUCGUGGCAAUAAUCUGCACGAAGUAUUGACUGCCGAUGGCCAACAGUUUUUGGUGUCAAUGCCGCCAAAGUUCCGCAAAUGGAUUUGGAUUAAGAGAGGUGAUUAUCUGAUUGUCGAUCCCAUAGAAGAGGGCAAUAAAGUUAAGGCAGAGAUUGCAAACAUUUUAAUGAAAGAACAGAUUAAAUAUAUUAAAGAAGAAGGAAAAUGGCCGCCAGCUUUUGAUGAUAAUGACCAAAAUGAAGAUAAAGAUGAAGAUCUUCUUUUUAGGAAUACUAAUAGAGAACAAUAUAUAAGUGAAAGUGAUUCGAGUGAUGAUGAAGAAGAUAGCGAUGAUAAUGAAGUUAAUGACAAUCAUAAUAAUGAUUUAAAUCAAUAAUUAGUUAGUUUUGUAUAAAUUUUAUUAAUAUUGUUAUAUUAAUUAAAUGUAAAAUAA